AUGGAGGCGAUCACUGUCGGCCUACAAGAACUUCAAUCGAGCUCAUUUAGCACCAUUAUUCCCCGAGAGGUCCUACAAAAGUACGACGAGUUAGAGGAUGCCGCCUUCAGACACUUUGGGAAGGAACCGCUCCAGUGGAGUGUCUACUUCCACCUAAAGGACGGCAAAUGCGGAGGAAGGAUCGACUCUUACUACUGGGACCGCGGCAGUUACUAUAAUGCCUCAUGUUUGACGGCAGGGUGUCUUGAGGUGUUCGCGCAUUUUGAGCCCAAACCCAAUGUACCCACCUCCGGUACUCCUACCGUCAAUCCGGCCAUCCACGCCCCCACCACCAGCCUACAAGUCUCCAGCGGUGCAGCUACCUUAUCCUCUAGCGGCGCAGCAGCAGCUCCCACUACUGAAGCCACCCUCAAUCUGGGUGAGCCUCGGGGUGCAACUGACGAGCCAACGCAGUGCGUGACUUCGCGCUCUCAUGUCUCUCAGUCCCAAAAGCGACCGAGCGAACAUGCUUUGCAUUCCGAGAAAGAGUCACACUUAGAGCAGCCCAGUCAACAUACAAGGCACACCUUACCUCUCCUUCCAGACGGAACUGCAUCUGAAGAUCAUGAGAUCAGCCUGCCGGCCUUCACGAGCAAUAAUAGGCCGUACGGACAAAACGCAACCAAUAAUGUCAGCACGAUAUCCAAUCUGUCACGAGCACGAAAGAAGAGAAGGACAACUGCUCUGGCCGCGGAUACGCCUGAUUUGACUGAAGAAAGAUACGUCUGGCCUAUCGACGGGAUGCACAAGACGGGUUGCGUCGAUCGGUUUACACGUGCGGACAAUCUCCGUGCCCACAUCCGGAACAUCCAUCCUGAGAGUCCACAAGCACAAUCACUUAAUGUGGAGAGAGCGAGACCCCCUCUGCUGCGUAGGGCUAGGAUAGCAUCUGACGGACAGACGCCUAUAUGCUACAGCAUAGUCAGCAGCGGCGUAUCAAAGGGAGCAAUCCAGUAUUUCUGUCCCGUUGCAGAAGAAGGGCGCUGCGAGCGUGAGGAUGGCAUCGUGCAUUGGCUGAAUUUCGAGAGGCAUAUGAAGAGCAAACACCCAGGUGUUCCCUACACUAAACCAGGAGCGGAAUCAUCAUCAGAGGCCAACCAAAACCAAACAAGGUCAGAGGGCCCAGGGGGUCCAAAGCAAAAUAUCAACCUGCUUUGCCCUGUUCGCGAGUGUUCAGAGGCUUUCAAAGAUUUCGACUUGUUCCAGGACCACAUCCGUGUAACCCAUCCUACAUCGAAUCACGCACUUGUAUUAGAUGCAGUCGCAAAUAAUACAAGCCCAGUCCUCAACCCAGCGGCCCCUAUAGAUGACUUCCUUGCAGACUACGAGCUUUGCAAAUAUCAGAAUGCUGAAGCUGGCGAAUUCGGUCACCGUGACCCAGACAAAUGGGAAGCGAUCCAACAGGGGACGCGCAACAGACUCGCUCUGGCACGUCUCAUCCACAACAAAUAUGGCAUUCUUGCUUCCGAGCCAUGUGGUGCAUGCCGCAACGGAGGAACCACUUGCCUAGUUCUUCAUCCAGAACUGCGUAACAAACUAAAAUUUGGUUCAACGUGCAGCGAAUGCAGGAAUGGGGGUAAGAUGUGUAGCUUCGCUCAGAAAACUGUCUUCGAGCCCUCUCUUGGAGAUGCUGCGCUACAGCAGCAGACGAGCAGAGUCAAUGGCAAUGAAGACACGGUUCCAGGAGUCAAUAAAAACACUGCGGAUAAGGCACACAAGAAUGGGCAAGCCGACGACGAAGAAGAAGAAGAAGAAGAAGACGAUGACUCGGGUGUCCACGCCCCGGGCCUCAAUUCUCUAUCUUCGUCUUUCUUGGAUGGUGUUACUAGCCUAGAGGAACCAACUUCGAGACGCCGUGUCGGUAGGCCACUGCAUGACGCCUACUCCCCUGGCUUCUUCUCCGGGGAGAUAAACGGUCUUCCCACCGUAUCCGGACUGGUUUUCCCGACCGUGAAUCCGCUGGUUCGACCGGAGCGUGCUGGCCGGCGACGUGCUGACCGCAUUCCUAUGUCUCCAGAAGCAGGAGACCAAUCUGCAACUCAGAUUCGCUCCGCCACACACAGUUUCCUGAACCACUCGCAUCACCCCCGUCACCCCCGUCACCCCCAUCAUCCCCGGGACAAUGAGACCCAGCAAACAGCUCCAGGGCAACAUGGUCUUGCAUCGCGCGGUGCUCAGCAAGAUGGGGUCUCGCAGACGGCCUCGACACAUCUUCCACGGACUCUCAACCGUACCGCCUAG